AUGCAGCGGCCCUCGGGUUCACGUUCGGAGGCAGCGCCGCCUCCACGGGCGGACGGGUCGGUGGGGCUGAGGCGCGGCCUUGACCCUCUGGGGUCGGCUGUUGCCCUGGCCUCGUCCUCGGUCGACGCGCAGCAGCGCCGUACUUUGGCUUCCGUCGCCGGGCAGCGGGUCUCGAACACUUCGCGGGCUGCGGCUCCGUCUCCACAGGCGGUGGGGAUGGCGGGGCUGGGGUGUGGCCUGGACCCUUUGGGGUCGGCUGAUACCCCGGCGUCCUCACCUUCUUCGCCGGCAGCUGGUGGGGUGUCGAGGCCGGGGUCGGUGCGGGGGGCUUCAUCGCCGAUUACCCCUGCAUCACCUACCUCUUCACCCACUUCGUCGCUCGCCCCUGCUUCACCCACGCCUUCACCGCGCUCGAGCUCUCCUACACCGGCCCCCGUUUCGCAGCUUCCUCCACCUACCGUCCCUCCUCCGGUCGUUCAGCCGAUGUUGAGGAGGAGUGGGAGGUACGCGCUUACGGAGGAUGGGGCGGGUCCUACCGAUGAGGACGCCAUGCAGAGAGCUAUGCGACGCAAGGCGGAGAAGAAUCUGGACACGGCAGGUACGAGACAAGCAUCCCAGUCUUUCACUUCUUUUUCAAAUUCUCGUAUUUCUUCUAAUUUGAUUAGUUUAGGAGUUUCGUUGGGUACUAGACCUGACGAGGUUUCGGUUUCUGCCAAUGUGUUGAGACAGACGGAGCUUGACCGUUUAACGGUUGCUCCGAAUGACUCCACUCGGCAUGAGACUCCAGUUGACGACGAUGAUGGAGCUGAUGACAUCUUAGAUGGUCAGCUCCUCUCGUCUAUUAUUGGUACUCUUACAGAGGUCGAUUUGGAACAUGCGGAGCUCAGUUCAAUCUAUGAUCUAAAAGCUUCUGCACGUGGUUCUAGAUCGUCCGCUGGUAAGAAGUCUCGUAGAUAUGGCAAAAAUACUAAAUCCACAAAAGUUUCUCGAUGA